AUGGAAAAGAAGUUUAUCAUUAUUUCGCUGGAAGGUAACAUAGGUGCUGGUAAAUCAACUUUGUUUGAAAUAUUGAAAUAAGAAUACCCAUAAGCAAUUUUUUUAAUGGAACCAUUGGAGAGAUGGCAAAAUAUUAAUGGGAAUUCUGAACUCAAUAUUUUAGAGAAGUAUUAUUCAAAUGUAGAGAGAUGGGGCUUCACCUUUUAAAUUUAUGCCUAUUAAUCUAGAUUAAUGACAUGGGAUAGAUAAUUAUAAUAGGUGUUAAAAAAUACUUAAUAAAAUAAAGGUCCUGUUUUGGUAUUUACAGAGAGAAGUAUUGAAAGUGCAAGAGAACUAUUUUUUAAGUUAUGUUAUAAUGAUGGAAAAAUAAGUUAAAUAGAAUUUGAAAUAUAUGAGGAAUUUUAUGAAUGGCUAAUGAAACAUUAUAAAUAGUAUUUGAUAGAUUGCGUAAUUUAUGUGAACACUCCUCCAGAGACUUGUUUAGAGAGAUUAAUAAAAAGAGGAAGAUAAGAAGAAGCCUGUGUGCCACUUGAAUAUUUGAAGAAAUUACAUUAAAGACAUGAAGAUUGGCUUAUUGAGAAAACUAAUAGAUUUUAGAUAGUUUCUAUAGAUGGAACUAUGAAUUAUGUUUAAGAUUAAAAUGUAAAAGAGCAUAUAAGAUAAUAAUUAUUGUUAGAAAUACAAUAAUUAAUGGAUUAUAAUAAUUGA